GGCCUUUUGGGUUGCCGGCGGCCGGCGCGCGUCUCCCCUGGGGAACUGAAUGGGGGCCCCGGGCCGCCCCGCGGUUAUCCUCAAGUGACCCAGGGCCAGCUCACAAACGCGCAGAGGGUGCGGCCGAACCCAGGCCCGGCCUCUCUCGGUCUGGGCUGCGUGAGCCUCCGCCCCGGCCAGUGUCCCGGCAGGGCAGCAGCCGCAGCCAUCUCAAUCGCCCGACUCUCGGCUGGGUGCGCCCCCUGCCGGCCCAGAGAAGGAGCCGCGGCGGCCUCUGGAACCCCAGACAGGUCUUACUGUGUACUCAUGGUUUCAAGUGAUUUGCCUCAGCCUUCCAAGUAGCUGAGACUACAGGUUCAAAGAAAAAGAUAUGAAAAUUAUAGUUAUAUUCUUGAAUUGGUAUAAAACAUACCAGCAAAUAAGAUGUCUAAAGAAGAGGAUACUUCAGCAGAACUAGAAGAUAUCAUUAGUCCAUUGAGGAAGGACUCCAGAUCACAGUCAGCAGAGGAGCCUCAAUUUAUUAACAAAACAUCAGAUUGGUUAAAUGAAGCUUCUCACUACCUAAAAGGGAAACCUUUCAACCAGAUUUAUGAAACACAUCCUACAAAGAAUACAUUAGAGUCAAGUUCUUCCUCUAGAAGCAAGUCCAACAGAAAGGAAGAACCAAAGGAAAAUUUUGAACUGCUCAAAACUAGUGAUGCCAACCUACUAUCGAAACCAACAACUUCCCAAAGUUCAUUACUACCAAUUACUGAGACAAUUUCAGACUAUCAGGUUUUCGUUAACUUCCAAUCUCAUGAAAAAGUAGAAAAGUUAACUCCACAAGUCUCUAAGGAAAAUCAGUCUUCUGACUUAAGUUCAGAUAACUUUACACUUAACCUUGAGGCCAAGGGUUUACAAGUUCCUAAGGACAUUUUAAAAAUCAAAUAUGUAAAAUAUCUGUACUUAGACAAAAACCAAAUAAAAACAUUUCAAGGGGCAGACCCAGGUGAUAUACGAGGACUUGAAAUUCUAUCCAUGCAAGAAAAUGGGUUAUCAUCCCUUCCACCUGAAAUUCUACUUCAUAACUUAAGAAUAUUAAAUGUCAGUCAUAAUCAAUAUCACAAAUACCUAAAAAUAUCACAACUUGGGAAUUUAAGGCAACUCUUUUUAAAUAACAAUUACAUUGAGAAUUUUCCUUCUUCUGGUUUAAAAAAUCUUAAAAAUUUAGAAAUCUUAAGUUUGGGUAAAAAUAAGUUAAGACAUAUACCAGACACUCUGCCUAGUUUGAAAAACAUGAGGGUUCUCAAUCUGGAAUAUAAUCAGUUAACAAUAUUUCCUAAAGCUCUAUGUUUUCUUCAAUUAAUUUCACUAAACCUUACUGGAAACCUAAUAGGCAGUUUGCAAGAAUUAGGGAAACUUAAAAAUUUAGAAAAACUUUUACUAGCUCACAAUAAACUUACCUUUUUAGCAGUGGAAAUUUUUCAAUUACUCAAAAUAAAAGAACUCCAACUGGCUGACAAUAAAUUGGAAGAUAUUUCACCAAAAUUGAGACUUCAGGAACUCAGGAUUCUUAUACUUGAUAACAUACUGAAAAAUAUACCAGAGAAAAUUUUCUGUUGUGUAAUGUGAUGCCUUAGUCUUAAUGAUAAUCAAUUAACAGAACUUCCUAAGAACAUUUAUAAGCUUAAAAAUUUAAAAACACUCCAUGUAAACAGAAAUAAUAUGGUGAAAAUAACUGAAGGUAUCAUUCAUCUUAAUAAUUUAUGUAGCCUGGAAUUUUCAGGAAAUGUAAUCACACAUGUUCCCAUUGAAAUAAAAAACUGUAGAAAAAUAACUAAAGUUGAAUUGAAUUAUAACAAAAUAACAUAUUUCCCAGUGGGACUGUGCGCUUUAGAGUCACUUUAUUAUUUGAGUUUUAAUGGAAAUUCUAUUUCAGAAAUACCUGUGGAUAUAUCUUUCAGUAAACAACUGCUUCGUUUGGAAUUUAAUGAAAACAAACUCCUCACAUUCGAAUACUUAUGUUCUCUUAUUAAUCAUUACCUGGAUCUUGGUAAAAACCAAAUAGGGAAAUUCCAUCAUCUGUUUUCCAAUAUGGUAUCACUCAGUGUACUUAUUUUAUGCUAUAACACGUUUGAAACUUUUCCUAGAGAACUGUGUACUUAAAAAAUUGCGGAGGUACUUGAUCUUUCAGAAAACCAAUUACAGAAAAUACCUUCAGAGAUAUGUGAUUUAGAAAGAAUCCAGAAAUUAAACCUCUCGAGCAACCAAUUUGUGUAUUUUCCUAUUGAACUGUAACUUCAAUCACUGGAAGAGCUAAAUAUAAGUAAGAUAAAUGGGAAAAAGUUAACAAGACUUCCAGAGGAACUAUGUAAUAUGACUCAACUUAAAAAACUUGAUAUCUCAAAUAAUGCAAUCCGAGAGAUUCAAAAUAUAGGGGAAUUGAGAAGUCUGGUUAGUUUAUAUGCAAACAACAAUCAAAUAAGUUCUCUUCCACCAUCUUUUUUAUCUUUAAAAGAUCUCAAGCAACUAAAUAUGAAAGGAAAUAAUCUGACAGAUCUGCCCAGUGCCAUCUGUAGUCUUUUUUCACUGGAGGAGAUAAAUUUUGAUGACAACCCUUUGCUGAGACCUCCAAUGGAGAUCUGUAAAGGGAAACAGUUGCAUACUAUUGCAUGCUACCUACAGAGGGCAGAUGAAAGAGAUGAGAAAAUAUUAGAGAAGACAUUCAAGAUAGUUGCCAACAAUAUUACUGAAACAAAUUUUGAAUUUUUGUGUCAAAAGCUAAACCUGGUAAACUCAGAAACUGAUAUUCCUACAAAGAGCACCAUUUCAUUAAUGAAAGAGCCUACCAAGCAUUUGUGAAAUGGAAAACAGAAAAUAACUUAUCACUAACUACUGCUGCUUUAAGAGACCAACUAGUUCGGGGACUAAAUAUGAUAGGCGCAUAUGACAUUAUGGACAAAAUAACAGCUUUAAAUCUUUUUACACGUGCAAUUAAAUUCUAAUCAGUGGACACAUAAUAAAAAUUGAAAACUGGAUUUUUGAGCCAUCUUACUUCAUUUUAUCAUACAUGCAUGUCAUGUUUCUUUUCAUGAAUUCCUAAGAGCUGAUGACAAUUAUGACUACCCUGCUAAUGGUAU